AUGGAGUAUUUUAAGGUUGUUGUCAACAACAUAAACAUAGAUUCUGCGAUCUCCGAAUAUACCAGGCUCAUGUACUAUGAGCUGUGCCACAGUCGAAACGCGUAUCUUCAUGAGCUUCAAGAGCCUCGGUUGAACUACACGCUAAUCGCCGGGGCAAUAACAGAAACUGUGAAAAUCACCGAUGGCAUCAAAGCUGCUACGCUCGCAACGGGCCGUGAUGUUUUGGGAGUAUGGGAUAGAACUCUGAUAGGGGUGGGACAUUUUGGCAUGGAUGUGGGGUUCUUGCAUGGCAGGAUAAGCGAGCUGAUUAGGCUGUGCGAGGCGGCCGAAAUUGUUGACGCAAAGGAGAAAGAAAAAGCCAUAGCUGAAGCGGAGAUGAAUGAUAUCCUGUACAAGGUGUCAAAGGUGAGUGUGGUGAUUAAGAAUUUGGAUGAGGAAACCCAGGCACACAGCGGCGGGGAGAGGGUAGAGGAGGUUUUCAAGAAUGUUGCGAGUGCUGAUUGGUGA